CUACGAGUAGCCUGGACCGCAACUGACAAGGACUACAAUUCCCAGCGGGCAGUGCGCCAAAUCCAAGUGGAGGUCGGGUUGCUGGGCAUGCUAGGAUUUGUAGUGUCAAUCGUCUCACAAUCUAGGCUCUUUGGAAGAUUUAGAACUUUUUCUUGCUUAUUUGGCCGUUUUGACAAAUGCCGUGGCUGUAGAGUGUUGAGCUUACUUGUGUCCUUGACAAGCUUCAAGUAUCGAAUGCUUACUAGCAGAUUUGGAAGGGUCAAGGCCUUCAAUGAGCUCUUUCUGUCAGUUGGGUGGUCCAAACACCAGGAUGGGUUGAAGGCAGCAUUAAACUAGGAAAAGGGCGGAGCCUCCAAGCAGUUUCUUGGCAACCUGAUCUGGCAACCAAACGGCUGAAGCCUACGCUCGGAGCGCGGUGCUCUCUGGGAAUUGUAGUGUAAUUGGAAGGGCUCUCAGGAACGUCAAGGCUGCAAAUCCGAGUCUGUGAACCACAAGUCCCGUCAUCCACCAGGAGGGCCCGUGGGUGGGACAAGCUGCAACGAGCGCGGUCCUGGGUUCCUGGCUUCCCAUUGACAGCAGCAGCAGGAAGCUGCCGGGUUCUGCCAGGGCGCUAAGGCCUCCCGUUCUAGGAGGGUAGACCACUGGACACUGUAUCACCUAACUCCCAUCUCUAGGUCUCAAGUGUGUGCAUGGCGAAGUCCCCGGAGAACUCUACCCUGGAGGAGAUUCUGGGGCAAUACCAACGGAGUCUCCGGGAACGUGCAAAGAGGAGCAUUCACCAGCUGAAAUGUACCCUGGGAGAAGGUGAAGUCAGUGUUGGGGGAGAUGCUCUGGAUCCUUCUUUAAACGCCAAUGUGGGACAUGAGGACACCGAGACUGCCUGGCCCGAACUGCAACACAGCCAUGCUGUUAAUCAACUCACAGCUUUGUUGCAUCAGCAAGCAACUAAGGAAAGUGAGGUAUCUCCAUCAAGAAGACGAAAAAUGUCCCCUUUGAGGUCCUCAGAACACGAGGACACCAGCAUGCCUACCGUCCACAAUCUCGUCCCCAUCAUCAAUGAUCAGUCCCAGUACAUCCAUCACUUAGAGGCUGAAGUCAAGUUCUGCAAGGAGGAACUCUCUGGAAUGAAAAAGAGGUUACAGGUAGUCGUGUUUAACAACGAACAGCUCCAACAAGAGUUAAAGUUGCAAAGACCAGAGGAAGCGAUGAGGGAACAAACACUUCUGGAUGCAACUGGAAACAUGCAGAAUUCUUGGAUUACAACAGGUGAAAAUUCCGGCGUGGAGGAAGCUCCCAAGAGAUCGCUCUCCUGUGGCAGCGUGGAUAUUGUCAAAGCUUCGUCUGCCAGGGAGGCUGAGAAAUGGAAGCUAGAACUGGAGAGGCUGAAACUUACUUAUGAAGAAAAGUGUGAAAUCCUGGAAUCACAAGUGAGGAUUUUGAGGAAAGACUUAGCUGAGUAUCAGAAAAACUGUGAAGACCUCAAAGAGCGACUGAAGCACAAAGAGUCCCUCCUUGCUGCGAACGUUGCCAACCGCGUCGGCGGUCUCUGUUUGAAGUGCGCCCAGCACGAGGCUGUGCUCUCCCACACCCACGGCGACGCCCGCGUGCAGACCAUCGAGAGACUGACCAAAGAAAGAGACGACCUAAUGUGCGCGCUGGCUUCCGUAAGGGGCAGCCUGGCAGAUGUGCAGCAGAGGGAAGCCAGAGCCUACGAGCAGGUGAAGCAAGCUGUGCAAAUGACCGAGGAGGCCAACUUUGAGAAAACCAAGGCUUUAGUCCAGACCGAGCAGCUGAAGCACGAGCUGGAGAGGCAGACGGAGCGACUCGGGAAGGAGCUGGCAGCCCAGCAGGAGAAAAGGGCCUCAGAGAGGGCGGCCAUGCAGGAGGAGCGCACGGCCGAGAGGGAGGACGCGAGGGCCCAGAUGUUGACUCUGUCUCAGAAUAUUGCUCAACUCGAGGCCCAGGUGGAAAAGCUCACAAGAGAGAAGGUUUUGGCUGUUAACCAACUAGAGGACAUCCAAAACCAGCUUGCUUCUCGGGAAAUGGAUGCCACCAAGGUGUGUGGGGAAAUGCGCUAUCAACUGAAUAAAACCAAAAUGGACAAAGACGAGGCAGAAAAGGAGCACAGAGAGUACAGAAUAAAAACCUUACGGGAUCUGGAAAUUAAAGAUCAGGAAAUAGAGAAACUGACAGUAGAACUGAGAGAGAGCAAGCAGCACUUGGAGCAGGAGCGGCAGAAGGCGGCCGGGGCCGGAGAGGAGCUCCUGAAGCUGACGGAGCGGCUGGGCGCCGCGGAGCAGCAACUGCACCUCACCAGACUGGAAAAAGAGAGCAUUCAGCAGAGCUGCAGCGACGAAGCCAAGGCCCAAGCCCUUCAGGCCCGGCAGAGAGAGCAGGAGCUGACAGAGAAGAUGCAGCAAAUGGAGGCCCAGCAUGACAGAACUGAAAAUGAACAGUAUUCACUGCUCACCUCCCAGAACACAUUUUUGACAAAGUUAAAGGAAGAAUGUUGUACGUUAGCCAAGAAACUGGAACAGAUCUCCCAGAAAAGCAGAUCUGAAAUAGCUCAGCUCAGUCAGGAGAAGAGGUACACGCGUGACAAGCUGAAGCGGCUCCAGCGGAGGAACAGCGAACUGGAGGAACAGUGUGUCCAGCACGGGCGGCUGCACGAGAUGAUGAAGCAAAGGCUCCGGCAGCUGGACAAGCACGGCCAGGCGACCGCCCACCAGCUGGUGCAGCUGCUGCAGAAGCAGAGCCGGCUCCUGCUGGAGCGGCAGGCCCUGUCGGAGGAGGUGGAGCGGCUGAGAUCCCAGGUACGGCCAGCCCAGGAUGACCAAGCCUCAGCAACCCCACUGGUGAAGAGCACUAACCACCGAUGCAGAGAGAGCGGCUGCGCGGGCGGGCUGUCGUUCUUCAAGUCGGCUCAGCAGCCCUGACGCCCAGGAAACUGUGAGGGGCAUUGGCCCACGAGGACGUCUACUGCUCACGGAAACUUCGUCACUUUUUUGGUUGGUGCUUCUCCUAUCUCCCUUGGCAUCGUCUGAGGCUGUGUUUCAGGAGUUCCUUCUCCUACCCCACUUGUGAACCUCUCUGUCCGUGCACCGCCGGGCAGCCACGUGGGCCUGUUUCGGCGGGGGCUGCAGAGACAGGCGGGCCCGGCUUCCUGACCGCUGUGCUGGUUGGACCCUCAGAGCGUCCUCCUGGUGAUGCCGAACUACCACUUAACAGGAGGAGCCCAACACUGAUGAGGAAUCUCCGUAGGGCUCCUAGUCUCUUAGCAGUCAGCGAGGCCACACCGGUGCUCUACCACUGUCUCCAAAGAACUUUUUCUGACUGACUCCUCCUUGGACAGGGUAGAGCAGAGGGUAUUUGGUUGUGGCUUGUAGCCUUGGGCACCAUAGGAAACCUGUCACCACGUGUUAUUUUUCGGAGACAUAGCAACUGCUUGACUGUAUGGAACAGAAUUUCAAGAUGUAUUUUGGGAGUCAGAAUUUUCUAUAUUCAAUUAAAUGUUUAAUCUGCAAUCCGUGGUAGUGCAGAAGUGAAAAAUAUCAUUAUAACAUUCAACUGUAUCCACUUGAAAACCUUUUUGCUGUAAAUUCAUUUUAGCAAAAACACAUACAUACCACACUAUGGCAGUAGCUCACCUUUUUAUCAUACACGUCUUGCCAGUUUACUCCAGAGAAGAAACUGUGUCUCAUGAUUUCUUUUGCAUCGUCUGGCCCUCCACCAAGGCUAUGAAGAUAGGAAUGAAAUUAAAUGAGCACGAAACGUUUACAUAAGCCCAACACCUAACAGAGUUUUUGCGAAACGUAAUUUUCUGUGUGAUAAAUAGUUCUUGUGAUAGUCAUAAAAAUAAAAAUCUUUCACUGCAAGAUCUAAU